AUGAAGCUUUUGGGAAAAGAGAGAAAUAUGCGCUUAGAUGGCCGAGAUAAAGGAGGGAGAGGGGAAUGGGGGAGGGGGCUUAGUCCAACCCAAACAUGGACGCUUUGCACUAUACAAAAGUUUACUGUUCCGCGGAGCGCCCGCUAUCUCAACAAAGCUUGGGGCGCUCGGGGAGGAACCCAUUCAUACGCUUAUGGAUACUUUCCAGGGAUAUAUUAUGGUGUAAAGGGGGUGUUUAAAGAAGGGAAGUUCAGACUGAGUAAUGCAACUGUGCUAAAUAUUGUGGUGGGACAAAGAGGAGGAGUUUAGGUGGAGGUCGAAGGCGGACAGAACACUAGCCAUACUGCAGCUCAGCUUGGAAAAUCUGGGAAGGACAAAGCUGGCACUGGAGGAGGGGGAGGAAGUUUUGUUUAUACUACCGAUAAUGUGCUGUUAUUGGCUGCCAGAGCUGGAGGAGGUGCAUCCGGUGGAUACAAUGCUAUGGAUGGUCAGGCAGGAUCAAAUGGUACGAGUAGUGUGGGGAAAGUAUCGACACAAGUUCGAGAUGGAUCAUCCGAAGCGCAGCCAGGUGAAUGCAACGGUGAGAGAGCUAGCUACCAUGGAGGAAUAGGUGCGGGUUGGUUUGGUCAGGAUUGUGCUCGACUUGUCCCCUCCCAUGAGAAAAGAGGUAAGUCACGUGCCGAAGCUUGGGUCGGAGGUAAAGCCGGAAGAAUGAAUAGCGGUAAUAACGGGGGCCCUGCACCAGGAGCAAUUGGAGGGUUUGGUGAUGGUGGAGGGGGAUCAGAGGAUAAUGGCGCAUCAGGUGUAGGUGGUGGAUACUCUGGGGGAGGUAGUGGUACCUAUGGAAAUCAAGCUGGAGGGGGAGGAGGCUCGUAUUUUAAUGGGGAAGGCUGUUCCGGUUUGACUGGUGGCAACUCAUAUGAAGUUGGCCCUGUACAAAUUUAUGAAUGGCUGGGUUUAUUUCAAAACAUUAUUUGA